GCCCCUCCGCCACCCGGGUAUUUUUGGCAGCUCUAUUGUGCAGGGCCCGCCAGGCUGGGGCUGGCGGGGGGCAGCCCCCUAUAAAGGCCCGUGGGCACCGGUGGCUCAGAGCACCUCUGCUGCUCGGCUCCGGCGGGUCAUGUCCCAGCGCCACUCGGCCACCUGAAGACACCCAGGAAGGAUGGAGGCUCCGAGCGCCAAGCUCCGCGGAGCGUUUUGCCUCCUGCUGCUGCUCUGCUCCCUGGCUGCCGCCCGGCAGAACGUGCCCGAGUGCUGCCGGCAGAAGACCUGCUCCUGCCGCAUCUACGACCUGCUGCACGGCAUGGGCAACCACGCCGCCGGCAUCCUCACGCUGGGCAAGAGGAAGAGCAUCCCGCCGGCAUUCCAGAGCCGGCUCUACCGCCUGCUGCACGGCUCCGGCAACCACGCCGCCGGCAUCCUCACCAUGGGCAAGCGCGGGGAGCGGGCCGGCUGCCGCGCCGCAGCGGGUUGCACCCCGGGCACGGAUGCACCUCCGACACCGGCCCCGAGCCGCUCCGUCCCAGGCCCUGGGCAGUGCCGGGGGCAAAGCGGGAUGCAGGGGACCGUGACGAGCUUUUACUGA